GCCAUUUACCCCUUUCUCCUGGUCAGAAGUCAGAGGGCAGUAAACAGCCAAACAACUUCUCCUAGUUAAAAAUCACAGCGCUUCGUAAUGUGAGUUGUGCACUAUGUCUCCAUGGAGCUCUUGUUGGUCCUGGUGUUUCCUGUCCAGCGCCCUAUGUGUCAACACACGCCAAAGCUCAUCAGCUCCAGAUUUCACUGAUUACCUCCACAGGAUCCUGAAGAACCACACUGCCCAUGCGUGUGAUGGAGAGACGCUGUCCAUCAGAUGCCCCACCAGAACAUCUGUGGUUGUUCUCUCAGCAUUUUAUGGACGCCGCAUUCCGAGUCCAUAUUUAUGCCCACACCCAAACCCAAAUGUAACCGAGGAAAACAGAGACUGUAUAUCAACCAUAGCCAUUCAGAAAGUGAUGUCUGAGUGCCAGGAUCGACGGGAGUGUCAGAUUCCUGUGGUGAGUCCUGUGUUUGGUCAAGAUCCCUGCCCUGAAACCAGCAAAUACAUCAUUGUCUCCUACAAGUGCAAGCCUGAGUAUCAUCGCUCGAGAACGGUAUGUGAGAAUGAGCGGUUGAAGCUGGCCUGUAAGAAUGACACGGUUUUGGCCAUCUACUCAGCCACGUUUGGCCAUCUGGAGCAUGACAGCCUUGAGUGCCCUCAAGAGGCUAAAACGAAACCAGACAUAGAGUGCUUGUCUCCGUCAGCCUUGAGGAGGGUGUCAAGGAAGUGUCAUGGCAGGACAAACUGCUCUGUGCUGGCUGAUGCUCAGGGAUUUGGAGACCCUUGCUUCCCUGGGACCAAAAAGCACUUGCGAGUCUCCUUCACUUGUGUACCACGGUAUCUGCUGGAAGAUGUUGGACGUGGAAACAUAGAUCCUUUCUUGCUCUCUGACUAUACACAUGGAGGGUGGUACACUGGCCCCGGUGUGUCCAGACCACAAAACAUUUACACCAACUCUCUGGAAAUCUUUUCCCAAAUCCAGGGUCUUCCGGAGACAGUGGCUUUAUAUUUUGUCUCUGGCAUCUGCGCUGGUCUGUUCUUCUUGCUGUGUUUGUUUGGUCUCAAAUCCACUCUGAUUAGAGAUCUGAAAGACCUGGCUUCUGAGCUAGGAGAUGAUCUCAAGUCCUCCCACAGGACACAUGGAGGACUAAUAGAUGAUUUUGACGACGAUGAUGCCUCCUUGCGGAAUUCUUUUCGCCACCUCGCACGCCCUUACCGCACACCAGACGUGUUCAAUCCAGAGAUGAUAAUGACAGUGGUGAUGGAGGACAGGAAGGAUGAAGACAAACCUGAGAUGCCCAAUGGAGACAUCUGGCCUCAUAUUAACUCCAGCCCUUACGCCAUGCACAAAAUCAAAACCUCAUCUGCUUAAUCUUGAUGCUGUCUGCAUAUCUGACUGUUUUCUUUAUUAAAAGAAACACUAAUUAUAUCGUUUAACAUGAGUGAAGUCCAAGAUUAGGGUUUCUGUAUCUUAAAUGUGUUAUAAGAAUUGUGACAUCAGUGUCAAGCCUACCUGCUUAUGUUUUUUGAAUAGACUUUAUUUAUGUACACUACCAGUCAAAAGUUUUUGAACAGUAAGAUUUUUAAUGCUUUUUAAAGAAUUCUCUUCUGCUCACCAAGCCUGCAUUUAUUUGAUCCAAAAUACAGCAAAAGCAGUAAUAUUGUGAUAUAUAUUUACUAUUUAAAAUAACUGCUUUCUAUUUAAAUAUAUAUUUUAAAAUGGUACUAUUCCUGUGAUCAAAGCUACAUUUUCAGCAUCAUUACUCCAGUCUUCAGUGUCACAUGAUCCUUUAAAAAUCAUUCUGAUAUGCUGAUUAGUUGUUCGAAAAAUAUAUUUUUAUUAUUAUAAUCAAUAUUUAAAACAGUUGAGUACAUUUUUGGGAUUCUUUGAUGAAUAGAAAGAUUCAAAGAUUAGAAUUUAUCUGAAAUAAAAAGCUUUUGUAACAUGAUAGAUGAAAGAACAUGAAAGAAAUUAUAGAAAUGAACACUUUUAUUUAGCAAUGUUCAAAGGUGAUGAUAAAGACAUUUAUAAUGUUACAAAAAAUUAUAUUUCAGAUAAAUGCUGUUUUCUGAACUUUCUAUUCAUUAAAGAAACCUGAAAAAAUCUACUUGGCUGUUUUAAACAAAUGUUUUUUGAGCAGCAAAUCAGAAUAUUAGAAUGAUUUCUAAAGGAUCAUGUCACUGGAGUAAUGCUGCUGAAAUUCAGCUUUGAAAUCACAGGAAUAAUUACAUUUUAAAAUAUAUAUUUAAAUAGAAAUCAGUUACUUUAAAUAGUAAAAAUAUUUUAAAAUGUUACUGUUUUUGUUGUGCUUUGGAUCAAAUAAAUCCAGGCUUGGUGUGCUGAAGAAACUUCUUUAAAAACUGUUCAAAAACGUUUGACUAGUAUAUGCAUUUUCAUAUUUCUGUAUAAUUCAAACUGUGAUCUGAUUUCUUUGGAUGGAGUGCACAUUAAAAAUAAAAUAAUGGUGUGCUUAUCAAACUUG